AUGGGUGGAGGACUAGUAGCAGCGGAUGAUUUCACAGCCGAUGCUUUAGAUGAUGAUUUUUCGGAGUUUGUAAGGGUGUCGGAAUCUGGUAUAGAGGUUCAGGUUACUAUUGAUUUAGGUUUACAGCUGAAACCUGAAAAUCUACUAGCUGAUGAUUCAACACCUGAUCAUGAAGAGCUUCCAGUGGAGUCAGAGUCUUCUCUAGACGAUGGAUCUGUUUUCGAGGUGAACAGUGAUUUGGGUUUACAGCAGAAACCUUCAAGAACCCUACUUCUGGUCGGGCGUUCAGGGAACGGUGUAACUACAGCCUGUGAGCUACAGAGCUCGACGCUACCAAAUGGCCAGAUCCUCAAUGUUAUUGAUACUCCUGGACUGUUUAGUCUGUCUCCAUCAACCGAGUUUACUUGCAAAGAGAUUUUGAAUUGCUUGCGUCUGUCCAAAGAAGGGAUUGAUACGGUUCUUGUGGUAUAUUCCUUGAGGAACAUGCUAACCGAAGAGGAGAGAUCUUCCCUUUUUGCGUUGAAGAUCCUUUUUGGUAGCGAAAUUGUAGACUACAUGAUUGUUGUUUUCACAAACGAAGAUGCCUUUGAGGAAGGCGGUGGUUCAUUGGAUGCAUAUUUGAAAAACUGCCCUGACUUCAAUGAAAUUCUUGAGGCAUGCAAUGGCCGCAAGGUGUUGUUUAGAAACAGAGCCAAUGCUCCUGAGAGUCAGAAAGCUAAGCAAGUUCAAGAGCUCCUCAACUAUGUUGAAGAAAUUGCUAAGAAGAAUGGGACACCGUAUAUGAAUGAUUUAUUUCAUGAGAUACAGGAAAAUGAGAUUACAUUCCAGGAAAAGCAGAGAGAGAUUUUGGAAAUGAAGAAGGGCAGCUUCACUGAACAAGAUAUGUCUCAAAUGAUGGAAAAUAUGAAGAAGUCUUGUGAAAAUCAGCUGCUCAAUGAAAUGGUGGAGAGGGUGGAGAGUAAGCUAAAAGAGACAAUAAAGAAUCUUGAGAAGAAACUGAACGAAGAGCGAGCUGCGAGACUUGAAUUCGAGAAAGGAGCAAAAUACGUCAAGAUACAUUCAAGCGAUGCUGUUCAGAAGCUGAAGGUGGAUCUAAAGAGGGCUGAAACUAUGCCUCGGGAACUUCAAGCAAAGGCUAAACAAAAGCAGUGCAUCAUUCUGUGA